ACUUUGGUUGCUUCCUCUGUAAACUGCCUCGGAUGUAAACUUGUUUAUUUUAUUUUUGUUCACUCAUACCAAAGAAAAAAAAAAAAACAACUCAAGAAAAACAUGCUAUCACGGGGCACGACGACACAAGUCAAACAAUCGAGCUAAAGGGACAGAUGGCUGCAAACGAGAGCGCAGACGGAUCACUGAGAACUGCAGAGGAUUUCAAAACUUCAGCAUGCGGAGAUACAAAAUCCUGGAAGAAAUUGCAUCUGACAUAUAGAGGGGCUGUUGCUAUAGCAGCAAUAUCUCUGAUCACCGCCAUCAUUUUGUCCUCCGUUUUAUUUGCCAUCUGGGGAGCAGCACAAGAAGAAGAUCCAGCCUUUCGAAAUAAACAGACAGAAAACCUGCAGCAGUGCCAAGAAGAAUGUCAGGACCUGAAAAUGAUGCUGCACUUGGCCACUCAGGACUCCAGAUGCCGUUUGUGUCCUGAAGGCUGGCUGUGGUGGAGGUGGCACUGCUACUUUUUCUCAGUUGGACUCCAGGAAGACCGUCGGUGGAACGAGAGCGCCGAGUUCUGCCAGGAGCACAACAGCAGCCUGGUUGUGAUCAAAGACGAUGCAGAGAUGGAUUUUCUCCAAGGAGUUAUGUGCAAUGCCACCAAAUUUCCUUUCCUGUGGGUGGGACUGACGGACAGCCAGCAGGAAGGACGCUGGCUGUGGUUGAAUGGGAAGGACGUCCAGGACCACUUACCGCUGACGGUGCAGUGGGACAGCGAUGACAGGGACUGUGCAGACCUGAGGGGAGGCGGGACCCUGUUUGCUGCAGACUGUGAGGAGUUCGGACCCUGGGCCUGCAAGAGAGAGUCCUGACCGGCUCCACGCCCUUCUCAUCUGCAUUUCAGUAACAAACUGCAAGCUGAGGGAGAUCUCGAGUUUUAUAUGUCCAGUAAAAGAUCAAGCCA